UUUUUGCUUGCAGAAGUAAAUUAUUGAUUUUAUUUCUGUGAAUUAGUGGAGAUAAAUCAUCAAAUAUAUUUUUUUUUAUUUAUGGACCACUGUAAUAAUUUCACAUUCAUUUCCAUAAAUAAAUGAGAAACUUACCUUUGAUAAAAGCAUAUUCUCCAAUACUUCACAAUGAAGUUUCCUCGUAAGCUGUGUAGAAUAAGAAUAUUUAUGGAAUCUUGUACAAUAUGUGAUAACCUAUUUUCAUCAUUUAUGAAAAUAUUUAUUUGAAUAAAGUGAAGCAGAAAAAGAAGCAAGUGGAAGGAUAUCUCAAUUUUUUGGAAGAGAUUGAUUAAAUGUUUGCUGAACACUGUCAUAUCCUACAUUUUUUGCUUUUGAUAUUCUCAUUUUGCCCCUCGAAGGAGAAUAACAGGCAUUUCAUAGUUGUGAUAACAAGAAACAUAGGACAAUGUGGGCAGAUUUUUUUUUAUUCAACUUGAAUGUUGCUCAAAGCAACAUGUCAUAUUUUUUUUAGAAUUCGUAACAUCUCAUUAUUUUUAGAGAAUUCUCAUCACUUUACAUUUUACUGAUUUGAAUGUUGUAUCAUUUUCGAAAUUCAUUCCUUGAAGUGCAAACAUUUGAAUAUUUUGUGUUUUCAUCAAUCCACUAAAUUUUUUGAGAUACUUUCAAUCCAUUUUCGUUCCAUUGUAUAUUUGUCUGUCAAAAAACAUUUCAUUCUCAUUCAAUAAAACGAAGAAUAUACAAAAAAACCAUCUCCCAAGUAUUUCAUUUUUAAUCAUAGGAAUCUACCAUCACACCCGAAAUAUUCAACCCAAUCAGCUGAUAUUUAAAGGUAGGUUGAAUAAUUUUCAAUUCAAAUAUACUGUUUACAUGUGAACGUCAUUAAAAUUUGAAAAAUUAAUAAAGAGCCUUUCUAUGUUUCGACUUCUAUCAAUUUGACGAAUACCAAAUCAUUUUGCAGUUAUAAUUCCUAAUGAUCCUUUAUUUCCUUAACUCGAACGAUAAUAACUCCUUUCCAAGAUCACCUGCCAGGUAUCUAUCGUACGAGAUUAGUUCGAGUUCACGAUCUGCAAAAUUUAGGUGGUAGCGAACACAAUUUAGUAGGGAAGGGAAAGUCCUUUCUACGACUUGGGUACGUGCGGCGUUUGGCGGGAAGGACGAAUCUUGUGUACGCUCUUUGGGCGGGGCUACACGCCAGCUGGCAGACGAUCAGCGCGCCAAACACAAUUUUCCUCCGCGUCGAAAAUAGUUCCGUCAUGUUAUCACAAAUAACUCUGUGAAAUCUGCGAUAAUUAUUCAAACUUCAAUUGAUUUCAGUUACCAUUGCGAUAAUUAUCCAUAUUUACGCGAUAACUUGUCAGAAUACGGGAUAUUUGACAAUAUACGUUCCACCUAAUGUCGGCGUAGGGAUAUCAGAGUGGCGUCAGCUAGGCCUCAGCUGUUUCCCGCCAAACUCCUCUACCAGAAAACCGCUGUGAGGCGUAGCGUAUGUUGCUUGUCUCGCGCUUCGUUUUGAUAUUAGAAAUUAGUGAUAAAAGAAAACUUUGAAAUUUGUUUUGACAACCAUCUGUACUUAGUGCGUUGAAAAUGUCUAUCUAUGCGGGUGAAGAUAGAGUGAUUUUCGAAGGUAGCGUGGACGUGAAAAAAGAUAUACUGAGUGAUUUGUCCAGCAGGAUAAACAAGGGCGGCGAGCCACCGACGCCAUCCAUGGAGGCGGAGAAGCGGAUCCGAAGGGAGAUCGCGAACAGCAACGAGCGCAGACGGAUGCAGAGCAUCAACAACGGCUUCCAGUCGCUCAGGUCGCUGUUGCCGCACCACGAGGGCGAGAAACUCAGCAAGGCUGCCAUCCUUCAGCAGACGGCCGAGUACAUCUACAACCUGGAGCAGGAGAAAACGAGACUGCUGUCACAGAACUGUCAAUUGAAGAGGCUGGUCAAUCAGCACGAAGGAGGCGAGCUGCCGCCCAAGAAACGAAAGACGCCGGAAGUUAUAAUGCCGACGUCUACCAAAGCGAUGGAGGAGGAUAGCGCCACCGAACCCUCCCCUGUCGGUCUCAUAGCUCUGACCGUCACCGGAUCAGCCUCCAACGACAGCUCCGCAGAGAUCAAGAGACAGCUGGAGAAGGAAAGGAGCCUCCGCGCCAUACUCGAGAAGCAAGUCCAGCAGAUGGAGGUGCAACUGUACGAGCUCCAACAGCAGCUCGGCCAGACCCAAGUCUACCACGUGGAGGACAACGACGACCUAUCGCUCCAGCUCGUCGCGGCGGACAGCAUCCCCACCGUCGGCCACACUCAGACGGUAGUCUGUUCGCCGGUUCGAUCCAGGACAGUUUCCCCCGAACCGACGGAGCCCCACUUCGACGCCCCCGAACAGCAACGGCUACCCUCGGUGCUCGAGGCCGCCAUCAAGGCCGAGCCCAAGGUGGAGGUGGAACGCCUCCCCUCGCCCCACGCCGAAGAGACCUCAGCCCCGGGUCGCUUCCUGCCCAGCAGGUCGCGGCAGAGCCUGGAGACCAUCGUCGAGGCCAUCAGGCACCUGGAGGGCGACCACAUGUUCGGCGAGGAACCGCAGCGGCCCCAGGAGGUGCCGCUGGCGCUCACCAAGAGGCCGAUGACGACGUCCGCCGACCACCUGCAGGCGGAGAUGAACACGUUUCUCGAGUUCAGGGGCCACCACGGCCAACAGCACCGGCCCGGCGUCAUAGUGGUCAAGCAGGCGUCGUGAUCUCGCAUCAUUCGGUACGCGCGCGGCGCCCCUCUGCCGGGGGGCGCCAUGGGGCGGAUUCCGCCGGGCGGCGUUUAAGGCCGUCCGGUUCCUACUAAGGUUCCCUAUUAUUUUUUUUUGUCGUCUUCGAAUCUCGAGUGAUUGCGGGUGCUGGAUCCGCGUUUUCUUUUUAGAUAGACUCCGAGAUUUUCGGUUCGUUUGCCCGUCAAGGUCGCAAAUUUAGGUAGCCUUAAAGGUGUUUGCACGGUUGUGGAAGGGUACCCCGAGCAAGUUCUUAAUACUCUUGUAAACAUCUCUGUUGGUCAAGGUUUUCUUUCUUAGCUUCAAGGGUGUUUACAGAGAUAACGUUAAGUGAUAUUCCCGAACAAGUUGAUGAUGGUAUUUUUGAUCUUUAAGCUAUCGUCUCACCAUAGCCACAAAUGUCAUUUGUCCAAAGAAUACCCCCAAAAAUAUCAAAUUUCAAUUCAAUAGAAUUGCAAAUAUCUAAAGUUAGGUUAAAUUAGGUUAGUUCUUGGUGAGUAAAAUCGUAAAAUAUAUUGAGAAAAUUGACAGAUACAAGUUCGGAAGCAGAAACCUUUGGACGAUAACCUUGUAAGCACCUUUGAUUCCUACCAAUGUUUGCAGUAAACCCGACUUGGAUGUUUCGUAACUCUUCGUGAUCAUCCCCAGUGAGACCUAAGAGGGCAGACGGGCCGGAUGGUCGGUUGAAUUUUUGUAUAUGUAAAGUUUAUCAUGACGUUUUUUUUUUAUUUCGUUACUUAAAACAUGAAAGUUUCGUUUAUUUGAAACGCCAAAAAAUAUAUUUAUCGAUGAAUUAGAAUAUGUAGUGAAAUGUUUUGUUCCUUUAUUUGUACAUAAUAAUUUUAGUGAAACCGUACCAGUGCGGUGAUAGAGUUAUGUAUAUGUAUAACUGCGAUUAUGCAUAUUUGAUAUCCUAGCACUCAUAGUAGACCGGGAGUAUGUUCUUUUUUUUCUAAUUUUAUUAUUAGUCUGUUGUUUUAUCUUUUAUUUUCAGAUGUUUUUUUCGAAUGGCGCCCUAUGUAAAUAAAGUCAACCGAAGUUGGUAUACGUAUGAUGAAGUUUUCAGAAAAUUAUCGAUUGUUUUUGGUUAUUGAUGAGUCAAGUUAUGAUACAGCGCAAACUACACGGAUGCAGUCGUUUCUAGGUGUUCUCGAAAAGUCUGUUCGACGAGAAGGAAAUUAAAUUUUAGUGUAUGGAAGGCAAUAAAAAUGAUUUUUGCUGCUUCGAACCAAAGAACCUCGCCAUUUUUGUUUUUUGUUAAACGCGACGUACCAAAUGGUGCGAAUUGUAAAUGCUCAAUUUUUUUUGUUGUAACGAAAUUACCUAGUCAUUAGGGAUGUCGAACAGUUUCGAGAAACGAAGAAAGAAUGCAUCUGCGUUAUCUGUGUCUAAACAGAGUGAGUGGUAAGCACAGGCCCUUCUGACCUCAGUGUGACGAAAGGUCCCAGUAUUUGACGGAGACAAGGGACAGUACUGAAAUUCACCGAACUGCGAUACUUGUCAAGUAAUAAUAAGUUAGGUCGGAUAGUAAGCAGACCAGUACCUCAAAUUAUCAAGGUUGGUACUUAUAGGGAUUAGUUGAAUCGCGUUUUAUUCAUUUCUGCUUUUCUAGCAGAAGAUGAAGUUAUUAAUAGUAUUGGACUAGGUAAAUUGAAAGUUUGUAAAACAUAUUUGAUAAUAUUAGUAAGAGAUGAUGAAAUCCCGUUAACUUAGGUUGAAAUUCAAAAUUGAUCCUCUUUCGGCUUUAGGUAAAAUUUUAUAUGGCUAAAUUGAAUUAUUGGCAUCGAGCUGUGAUACCAGCAGUAAUUUUGGAGCGUUUUUUAAAUGAAUUUUAUGAGUAUUUGAUAAAGUGAGGGUGUUUUUUAUACAUAUAGGAAAGGAAGUUGGUCCAUUUAGACGUUUUAAUAACAUUGAGGUGCUGGUCUUAUUGUUGGUAGGGAAAUAAUGUUUGAAAGAAAAAAAAUAUUAGCGUCAUCGACAUGAGGUAAUGAGAGAGUUCAUUGGAAUGGAACUAUUGUAGGGUUUAAAUCCGCUGGUCUUUUUAAUGCAUUUCUUGAUUAAGGAGUAAUCUUUUUCCAAAUUUCAAUGGGCAGUCAAUUUUGAGUAUUCAUAUUUGUUAUUUUUACCAGAAGAUCAAUUCAAAAGGUUUAAAGUUAGACAUGCUGAAGAAGUAAAUUCGCAUAAUAUUCAGAAUUGAACAGCCCGGCCCUUUUUGUUGUAAAAUGAAGACUGGGUGUAAUAUAGUAAUAAUAUUUAAGUGUGUUCUGGAGAAAUAUUCAAUAAACAUAAUGGAAAUAUUCUGUCUUACUGUUCCUUUGUGAUAAACUUUUGAAACAUCCUUUUUCAGUGCCCGAUUGAUUACACAAAGAAAUAAUUGUGUUUUCUAAUGAACAUAACAGUUACAACACACUGAACUAUUUAUUAUUCUAUAUAGAAUUUUUAUGAUGUUGUUUGAUAUCUAAACUUUGUCGGUUCGAAUGUCUUCCCUUUCAUUAACUCAUACAGUGUGAUAGUUAUCAAUUUUCUAGAGUUUUGAACCAACAAAGAGAGCUAUAAGAUGGUGGAAACUUGAACUUUUGUGACACUUUCUCAAGAAAAAUUUAAUUUUCAUUUAUUCAAUAGAACGGUGUUGGUAUUUUUUCUGAAUAAUUGCAGGAAAGAUUCUUUGUCGAAAAAAAAUUGGAACAACUUCUACUUUUUGACAAAUAAUCAUCUCACAAAUGUUUUCUCACUUAUUUUUUGUACUCUUUCACUCCAAAUUGUUCACCCUCUCUUUGUUGCUUUGAUUUCUGCAUGUUUCCUUGAUACGUAUUUCAUUGUCCUCUUCAAUCAUCUUUAGAGUGAAUAUAAAUUUAAAAUUACUUUUUUUCUGGUUGGUAGUUAAUGCAAGUCCGAAAUGUGGACCGUAUCAAGGGAACUUCUGGUACCCUUUCAGCAAAUUUGAGCAUUUUCUGCGGGAAGGCACAUUCUUUGAAUUCUUCAUGUUUAAGGAUAAGAUAGAUACAGAUAAGAAAUUGAAAAUGUUUAGAAUGUCACACACAAACAGAUUUACUUUCUUUACUUUUCAACAUGAUAUGAUUCUCAUUGAGAACGAAAUGGAAAUUAUUGUACUGGAAUCAUGGGCUUAAGAAAGCUUCUCUGUUAAUGCUUGAAAUAGCACUGUAUUAUAAAUAUGUUUUUUCAUUUCAGAUCUUUCAUAAAGAUCAGUCCAUAUCUGUAGUUAAGAUCCCCAUUGCUCUUGUAUGCCGACAAUUUUGAGAAGAAAGAAAAUUAUAUUAAUUUUCGUUCACCAUAUUGCACAUUUUAAGAUUUAGAUAGAGGUACUAGGCUGGUUUUUUGUAGGAGACAAUUAGAGAAAGUUGACUAGUUGAUAGUUUAUCACAGAAAUUUGACUUCACAAGAACAAUUGGCUCUUUUUAGAUUAGAUGUUUGACUUGGUGCAUCAUCUUUACAUUCCUGAAUUUCUGCAGGGAACAUUUGAUUUGGAAUCAGAUUGGGACUCGGGUUCCCAACAAUUUAUUCAAGGCAUACUAUAGCAAUGAACUCUUGUCCGAUUUGACUGGCUUACAUUUCAACUAAGAACAAUUUUACCUCACAGAUUGAAUGAAGUAAAUGUAGAAGUGUAUUGCUAGUCGAAUUUGUUGUUAGUGUUCUUGUCUGAAAUCAUUACAUGCACACAUUUGAUCUUCAAUAUUAUGUUAGUUGUGUGCCUCCAUAAAUCAUACUUAUGUUUGUGUCGCUUGUAUCAUACAAAAAAUUUGAAUAAAAAUGUGAAAAUAUAA